AUGAUUGCUUUGUUGGGGAUCCUUCUCAAUGUUGGGUGCAUCCUCACUCUGGGGUACAGCUUGUGGAUUCUCAUAGAAAGUUUUGUGAUUAUUGAUGUUCCUCCUGCCAUCGGCCACACAGUGAAGUUGCGGAUUCUGCACUGCUUCGGCCAACUGAUAAUAACUUGGGGGUGUAUACUUGAAAAGCUAAGAAUUUGCUCGCUUCCAAGACUCUGUCAAUUUCUACAUGACCUAUUUCCCAUACGAAAGGACCCUAAAGUGGUGGUGACCAACCUGCGUUUCGGGACGAUCCGUGUGAGGCUGUUCCAGCCGAAGGCCGCGUCCUCCGGUCCUCGCCGAGGCAUCGUCUUCUACCAUGGAGGGGGUACAGUGAUGGGCAGCCUAGAUGCUUACCACAAUUUGUGCAGUUUCCUGGCCAAGAAGACAGACUCAGUGCUUCUCUCAGUGGGGUACCGCAAGCUUCCUGACUACCAUUACCCAGUCUGCUUCCAGGAUUGUGUGAAUGCCACCAUCCACUUCUUGAAGACACUCAAACAGUAUGGGGUGGAUCCCGCCCGCGUUGUGGUCUCUGGAGACAGCGUUGGAGCUACUGCUGCAGUUGUGGUCACCCAGGCCUUGGUGGGCAGGACAGAUAUUCCAAAACUCCGGGCUCAGAUCUUGCUUUACCCUGCUCUCCAGGCCAUCAAUCUGCAGUUACCAUCGUAUCAACAGAACAAAAAUAUCCCCGUUAUCACCAGACACCUCAUGAUGUGUUUCUUACGAUAUUUUACAAUUGACCCCUGCUGGGAAGAUGCCUUGUUGACAGGUGCUUGUAUUCCUGCCAAUAUGUGGGAGAAGUAUAAGAAAUGGGUGAGCUCUGACAAUCUCCCUGAAAGGUUCAGACACAAAGACUACAAGCCUGAAUUUCUCGCCCCUUUUAAUGAGGCUGCCUAUCUGGAAACCAGACAUCUUUUACGGGCAGACAAUGCCCCCCUCCUGGCGGAUGACCAGGUUAUUGCUCAGGUUCCUGAGGCCUUCUUAGUGACCUGUGAGUGGGAUGUUUUCCGAGAUGAUGGCCUGCUGUAUAAGAGGCGCUUGGAAGACCAGGGGGUCCCUGUGAGCUGGUACCAUGCAGAAGAUGGUUUUCAUGGGUGCACAAUAUUAUUUGAUAGCAUGCUUUUCUCUUUCCCCUGUUCAGAGAAGGUUAUGACUGCUGUAGUCAAAUACUUAAUGGGAAUAUGA